CAAAGGCAGAUGGCAAGAGUUCAGCUGGGUGAGUUGGAUAAUUAACAAAGUCAACAAGAUCUUGUUUUACUCAUUUUAACAAUAUUUAAUUUAGCAGCAUGGUGGCUUUCUGUUUAGAUUUUUAGAAAUAAAUAAAUAUAUAACACUUCUGUUUGCCAGAGAACCUCGAACCUUUGACAGAGCUGAGAGUCGUGCUCAUUGGUGGCCCAAAAAUAGGCAAAAGCUCCUGUGGAAACACCAUCCUCAGCAGAGACUGCUUUGACACGGCUGCUCAAAGUACUUCCUGCACUGAAAGGAAGGGAAAUAUCUGUGGCAAGAUGGUGGUGGUAGUAGACACACCAGGCUGCCUCUCUGUGACAUCGGACUUCUUGAAGGCAUCCUGUGCUAUACUUCUGGUUGUCAAUCUUAGCUCGUCGUUCAAAGAUACCUGGAGGAAAACCUUGCAAAAAGACCUGGAGGCAGGUGGAGAUCAGUUAUGGAGCAGAUGUAUGGUCCUGUUCAGCUAUGGUGACAUGCUGGGUGACACAAGCAUCGAGCAGCACAUUGAAAGCGAAGGAGAGCCACUGCAAUGGCUUGUUGAGAAGUGUGGGAACAGAUAUCAUGUUUUAGACAAUAAGAACUGGGGAGAUGGAGCUCAGGUUAAAGAGCUAAUUGAUGUGAUGGAAGAGAUGCUGGUUGAUGAGAGGCAGGCUCUUCUUCACAGAGGUGAUCACAUGUGGAAAAGUUUUGCUUCAGCUCAAGAGCAGCAGAUAGGCACAGAGCCACUGUGCAAAAGGGGACCAGAGGAUUUCAUGCGCAGCAGAUCUGAGCAGUCCAAUAACUUGCCUGAAUCUCUCCCCUAUCGAUCACCAAAGCUCUCAGAAGAUUGUUCUCAGUUAGUAGCGUUACCAGCAGGAAGAACCACAGAGUUGGCUGGAUGCAUCAUUGUGGACCAAUAUCACUUCAUGUCCUAUAUAUUCUCUCCGCUUUCUGGCAAACAAGUACUGAGGUUGCCAAAAGUGACUCAGCAUGUCCCAUCUCCUGCUCCUCACAACCACCUGAGAGUGAACAGGGAGGGUCACAUGGAUCCCAUCCCACGCAGACUUGAAACAACGCAUCUGGUUUCAUCUCAGACACAGAACGAGGCAUGUGUAGAACAAGAUUUGAUCAGUGUGCAAUCACUCUGCCAUCCUGCACUGAUAGAGCGGACUCUUAGGAGGGUCUCUGAGUCUGGAGGCCUGCAGACAUUCAUUGAUCAGUGGGGCAACAGCAGCCUGGAGGAACUGGAAGCCUUCGUUGACUUGCACUUUGAGAUUGUGUGGGAAGAAGCCAUGAGAUCAUGUCAGCCGCCUGAACCGAGCCACGCCGUGCCCGAGCAGGAUAAUGCUGUUGGGGAAGCUGGAGAGGAAGUGUUUACAUCCAUUCACAGGAAACUUUCAAAGCUGGAGCUGCUUGAGGAGAUAAAGAGGGAUCUGGCAGAACAGAGAAAGCGCGUGGAGCAAAUCUGGAGGAUCAUACAGCAACUUGCAUACGAAAUCAAACAGGGCCGUAAUAAUACACGCUAA